GAAAAGAAAGAAAAAAGACAAACCUGGAUCAGAGUGUGCCAGCCAGAAAGGUUGGUUGCUCUAAUAAACACACACGCAUAUCAAAUCGCAUCUAAUCUACAGAGUCAUUGUAUUUAGUUUAAGUUAGACCCUCCACACCCACCAACUAUACAAAAGCCUAGUUUCCUGGAAAGUACCCUCCCCCACACCACACCACACCACACCACACCCUAACAAUAUCUCCCAAACCCAAAAUUAUUUAUUAUAUUUGUUGCAUGCAACUUUAUUUAUUUAUUUAUUUAUUUAUCAAAUCACCUUCCUUCUCUUCAUAUAUAAUAAACCCAAUUAACACUUCACUCCCAAUUUGCUACUAUACUUUCUAACAUAUAUCAUAUCAAACAUUCACUAUUACUAUAUACUCAAAUAAUAACGCUAUGGAUUUGAAUAUGAAUUUUGAAGCUAUUAAUAGAAGCUCUUCAACAACAACAUCAUCAUCAGACUCAUGUUCCUCAGAAACAAACCAAAACAAACUAGACAGAAUCAAAGGUCCAUGGAGUGCAGAAGAAGACAGAAUUUUAACACGACUGGUUGAACAACAUGGAGCAAGAAACUGGUCACUCAUCAGCCGCUACAUAAAAGGUCGUUCCGGCAAGUCAUGUCGUCUCCGGUGGUGUAAUCAGCUGAGUCCCACCGUGGAACACCGUCCAUUUUCUUCACAAGAAGAUGAAACAAUCAUAGCGGCGCAUGCUCAAUAUGGUAACCGUUGGGCUACCAUUGCAAGGCUUUUACCUGGUAGAACUGAUAAUGCUGUCAAGAAUCAUUGGAACUCUACGCUUAAGCGUAGAGCGGGUUGUGGUGGUUCUGUUACGGUUGCUGGAGGUGGCAACGAAGGUGGUCAGUUUACUUUUCCGUUGGAAGAUGAUCCGUUGACCGCGUUGACUCUUGCUCCUCCGGGGAAUGGUGUGGAAGAUAGGGAGGAAAUGGUUGGUGAUCAUCGGUUUCCUUCGCCGGAAAAUGUUCCGACUGAGUUUUGGGAUGUGAUGAGAGGUGUUAUUGCAAGAGAAGUUAGGGAAUAUGUUUCUUCUAAUUUUUCUCAUAACUCUAGUUUUCAUUGAAUUGAAUUAGUUAACGAUAUCAAUAAUCAUGUUCACACAAAAAAAAAAAAUGUAUUAAUAAUCAUGAUCAUAUUUUUUUUCUUUCUGUUAUUACUUUAGUUUAAGGAAAUUUAUAUAAUUACUCUGCACUUGGAUUUUGUCCUACAAACUCAGAUUUCAAUUCUCUUUCUGGAUUA